GGUUAGCUUGAAAGGAAAGACAGAAUAAUAACUUAAAGAGGAAGCAAAUUGAUAAAGAAGCAAUAAGAUAAUCUUCUUCUUUAUGAAUUUGCAUUAAGAACUGUCUCUGUGUGUGUGAGCAAUGGCAUGGAGGUAUGCUCAGAAGGAUUUAAUUCUGCCAUUCACCGCCAUGGUUACAAUGGAAUGCAUCUAUGUUGGGUUGAACAUCUUCUUUAAAGCAGCCACCUCAAGAGGGUUAAGCUACUAUGUCUUCAUUGUCUACUCUUAUGCAGUUGCUACUCUUCUUCUCCUUCCUCUACCUUUCAUCUUUCGCAGAACAGGGCUUCCUCCAUUCAAGCUCUCACUCCUCUUUGAACUCUUCCUCCUUGGACUGACAAGGUUUUUGGGUAAUUUAUGUCUAUAUAAAGGUAUUGAAUACAGUUCACCAACCCUUGCUUCUGCUAUUGGCAACCUGUCUCCAGCUUUUGUAUUCAUACUAGCUGUAAUCUUCAGGAUGGAAAGUCUAAGUUUCAGAAGCAGCAGCAGUCAAGCCAAAGUCAUGGGCACUUUAGUAUCAAUAUCAGGUGCAAUGGUAGUGGUUCUCUAUAAGGGACCAACUAUUCUAUCCACUACAGCAGAAAAGAAUUGGGUAAAAGGUGGCCUAUUGGUCGCUGUUGGGUUCCUUAUGUUCUCAACCUGGUCUAUCCUUCAGAAACAUAUCAUGAAGACAACGUGCACAGAUGAGCUAGUCCUUGCCUUCUUAAACAACCUGUGUGGGACAAUUAUAUCAGCACCUGUAUGUUUCUUAGAAGAAAAAGAGUUGGGUGCCUGGAUAGUGAGGCCUGGUAUACCGUUGCUUGCCAUUUUAUACUCGGGAGCCUUUGGUUCAUCCCUCAACAUUCUAGUUCACAUGUGGGGCGUGAACGUCAAGGGUCCUGUCUAUGUAUCGAGCUUCAAGCCAUUGUCAAUUGCCAUUGCUGCAGCUUCUGGUGUCAUUUUCCUUGGUGAUGAUCUCCAUCUUGGCAUUGUUGUUGGAGCUGUAAUGCUAUCCAUAGGGUUGUUUGCAGUACUAUGGGGAAAGGCAAAGGAAGAAGAAAUGAGUGAAGACUCUUGCUUUGGUAGCUUGAGAGGGUUACCUAUUUGUAAGAAACCUCUGUUGGAAAGCUACAAAGUUGAAAACAUAUGCAGCGGAGUACCUAUUGGAGGACCAAUUGGAGAAUUAUGGCUUCCUAGCUAAUGCAGCGGCAAAAUCUUGCCCGACUGAUUGGAGGGGCCCACAUGCCAGGCAGUUCGAUGAUCGAUAAUUAGCAAAUCUUUUGCCCGACCGCUGGUGGUGGGUCCAUAGCACAUGGGCCUGCUGGCAACAUUUUUUUCUUUUUUCUUUUUUCUUUUUUGACUAAUCUUAUUUGAUAACAAUAACUUAAUUUUAACCGUUGGAUGGAAUGAUCCAAUGACUGUAAUUAAAUGACAACGGUAAUUUUUUUUCA